AUGGACAUGGACGCAGACCCUCCCUUCAACGCACCCCACGACCCAAGCCGCCCCGACGCCGCGAUAAACGUUACCCAAUCCCUCGAAUAUUGGAACAGCGUCUCCUCAGAUGUGAACGGCAUGCUGGGCGGCUUCCCGCAAACCACGCGCAUCGACCUGCAAGGCUCCUCCAAUUUCCUCACCAAACUACGGCGCGGAAAGGCACAAGCUUCGAAACAACCUCUACCACCUUUGGAGCGAGCUGCAGACUGUGGCGCGGGCAUAGGGCGGAUAACGAAGGGGUUAUUAUUGGGCGUAGCUAGGAAGGUGGAUAUCGUGGAGCCGGUGAAGAAGUUCACGGAUGAGCUGGUGCAGAGUUUGGGGAACGGGGAGUACGCUGGUGAUGGAGAGAACAAGGAGGGUAAGGGCCAGGUUGGAGAAGUUAUAAACUUGGGGCUGCAGGAUUGGAUACCAGAGGUCGGCGCGUACGACCUCAUAUGGAAUCAAUGGUGUGUGGGACAUCUUACCGAUGCACAGUUGGUUGUCUAUCUGCGACGGUGUAAGGAUGGACUCGUACAAGCGAAAGAGGGCGACGAGGGGAGGAACAGCUGGGUGGUCGUCAAAGAGAAUCUGUCUACGGAUAUCGCACACAAGGAUAUCUAUGAUGAGGAGGAUUCAAGCGUUACGCGGUCUGAUGACAAGUUCAGGAGGCUGUUCAAGCAGGCGGGCUUGAAGAUUGUAGCGACGGAGCAGCAGAGAGGCAUGCCCAAAGAGCUGUUCCCCGUCAGGAUAUACGCGCUGCGGCCGGAAUGA